GAGAGGGAGAUGGGCACCCUACAAACAUGGAGGAAGGCCUACGGUGCUCUCAAAGAUCACACCAAAGUAGGCCUUGCCCAUGUCAAUAGCGAUUUCAAGGAUGUGGACGUGGCGAUCGUUAAGGCUACGAAUCAUGUUGAGUGCCCGCCCAAAGAUAGACAAAUUAGAAAAAUUAUGGUUUAUACAUCAGCAAUGCGGCCCAGGGCUGAUGUUGCAUACUGCUUGCAUGCACUUGCUAGGAGAUUAGCAAAGACACAUAACUGGACGGUGGCACUAAAGACACUCAUUGUAAUCCAUAAAACAUUGAGGGAAGGUGAUCCUACUUUUCGCGAGGAGCUUUUGAAUUUUCAGCAGAGAGGCCGCGUUCUUCAAAUGUCUAAUUUUAAGGAUGACUCAAGCCCUAUUGCUUGGGAUUGCUCUGCAUGGGUACGCACAUAUGCUCUCUUUUUGGAAGAACGGCUUGAAUGCUUCAGGGUUCUAAAGUAUGAUAUUGAAGCGGAGAGACUUCCAAGACCUGCUCAGGGCCAAGAGAAGGGUUACAGCAGAACUAGAGAAUUGAAUAGUGAAGUGCUCCUAGAGCAAUUGCCCGCUUUGCAGCAGCUGCUGUAUCGCCUCAUCGGAUGCCGGCCUGAAGGAGCAGCUUUGGGAAAUUAUGUGAUACAAUAUGCACUAGCUCUGGUCCUCAAGGAGAGUUUUAAAAUUUACUGUGCAAUUAAUGAUGGAAUCAUUAAUCUUGUUGACAAGUUUUUUGAAAUGCCAAGGCAUGAAGCUAUCAAGGCCCUUGACAUAUAUAAAAGAGCUGGCCAACAGGCUUCAAACCUCUCUGAUUUCUAUGAAGUUUGCAAAGGAUUGGAACUUGCCAGGAAUUUCCAAUUUCCUAUGCUCAGAGAGCCUCCACAGUCGUUCCUAGUGACAAUGGAAGAGUAUAUAAGGGAAGCUCCACGGAUAGUAUCGGUUCCCAGAGACACAACGGAAAACCCGGAGAGACUUAUGCUGACAUAUAAACAAGAAGAUGAGCCGUCACCCUCUGAAGAACACAAAGAAUUGGCUGAUGAACUUCCAACCGACCCCCCGCCAGCUGAGGGUGUUGCAGUUUUGAUCACUGAAACUCCUGCCUCUGUGCCUCUUCCUCCUAGUGGAAAUGAAACUGAUGAUCUACUUGGAUUGAAUACUCCCGCAACAGAUGUAUCUGCGAUUGAAGAAAGUAAUGCUUUGGCUUUGGCCAUAGUUCCAUCUGGAACAUCCCCUUUUGACUUGGAAGCAGCACAUCCUAAAGAUUUUGAUCCUACAGGAUGGGAACUUGCCUUAGUCACUGCUCCCAGCAGCAAUUUGUCCACUGCUCAGGAGAGGCAACUGGCUGGUGGUUUGGAUUCACUCACCCUAAAUAGUUUGUAUGACGAGGGGGCUUUCAGAGCAUCACAGCAACCUGUGUAUGGAGCUCCUGCUCCCAACCCAUUUGAAGUAGCUGAUCCGUUUGCUAUGUCUAACACCACCAUGGCUGCCCCUCCAUCUGUAGUUCCAACAGCGGGUGCAAUGCCAAAUCCUUUUGGUGGUCCUUUCCAACCAGUGGUGUACCCACAGGGCAUCCAACCACCUCAAAAUGUACUGAUGGGCGGGCAACAUAAUCCGUUCGGUGAUGCUGGGUUUGGUGGGUUCCCUUCCACAAGUCAAGCCGCUCACCAACAGAAUGCCAACCCAUUCGGGAGCACUAGCCUGCUGUGACAAAAGUGGAGCGCGAGAACAUAUGAAAGGUGAAAUUUGCAUAGGAAUUAUUUGGGUUACAUUUUGGGUUAACGAGUGGCAUGGCUUGAUGUGUAGGACUGGUUCUCAGACUCACAAAUGUGUUGGAAUGUAAAAUGCAUAAUAUGGAUGAUUUGAUACGUAUUGACGGUGCUAUUGGUUUUGAAGUUUCUCCCAGGCAACUUCAAACAUUGAUUCUUUCAAUCUUGACUUCAUUGUUGUAUACGGAGAAUUUUAUUUUGUUUAAGAAUUCUAAGAAAUCAACACUUGUUGCCUUCACACUACCGAUGUUAUUGACAUGGACUAGAAGUUUUGAGCUCUCCCCAGUUGUAAGUUUAUACUUCAUCCUCGUAGGUUUCACCUCGUGAUGUCGUGAUGGAGAAAGUUAAUCAUAUACAUUGUAAUUAUAACUUGCUACCCUUUGGUUUCCAUUA